AUGACUAAUGUCUACAUAAAUUCAGUUAUUUUCUCGGUUCAAAUCCUCAAUGGAGAUUGCAUUCUAGUUAAAGCUCCGGGUGGAAUUGACACCAAUGCACAGGAUAACCAAAUUAAGCCCAAUCCAAUUACUUUUACCGAGGCUCAUUCUAAUAACGUCUCAACUUCUUCCUCAUCUACAUAUACCGAACUAUCUUUUGUAGCAUAA